AUGGCCAAACGCAUUGAGGAAGAAAUAAAAAACAUAAUAGACGACAUCUACGUGUCCACAAUCCUAAUCAGUAGCAGCAGAAUUGUGAAAAGAGAAGUAUCAGUAUUCAUAGGAAUCAGCAUAAAUGACUUAUUCCAACCGUUUGGCUUAGGUGAUCAUUUAGUGAAUGAGAAAAAUGAAAAUAUCGACUUAACAUUAAGUGGAAAUGUCAGUAUAAAUUACUUAAAUAAAAACAAUACAAUUUGUGAAAAGACAAUACAUAACCAAAAAUUUAAAUUACGUUUUGUCAAUCUAGAAGAAUACAUAGAUGUGAAAUUGGAUUCUAUAGAUAGGAUACUAAUAGAUACCAUUUCACAUAAUGAACCUGAAUAUAGCGAUAUAUACAAUGAUCGAAAUUUAAAUACAUAUUUUGAAAAAAACAAUCAAGACAGUUUUCUGAAAAGCAAAGAAUAUUUUAACUACAUAUGUGCCAAUUCAAAUGCAUUGGCAACAGAUAUAAAAAAAAGUAUUUUCAAAAAAAAAGAAAAUUACGUUCCUUCUCAUAGUCUUUAUAAUGAAAACGAAUCAGAGAAAAGUGCACACAUAGAAAGCACUCGAGUAGGAAAUUCUUACUCAGAUUUCACUCCAAAUGGUAUAUAUGAAAAGGGAGAAAAUCAGGUUUAUCAUAUCCCCAGUUAUGGACAAUGGACAGACAGUCACUACUGCAAUUACACAGGAAGGCAUAAGGAAGAUCCUAAAAGUAAUGCAGAACGAAAAGAACACUUAAAAAAUGUGAAUAAAUAUAAUGCAUUUUUCCUACCUUGGUUUAGAACAUACUUUACAACAGCAUGGAAAUACACACACAUGUUUAAUGACAGCUCAUGUACACCACUAGGAAUCAUUUACAUUUGUAGUACAAGAGAUGAAAAUGUAAUUGAUAUAUAUAAAAACAUGAUGCAGAAUGAUUUAAGAAAAAUUAAUUUUAACCUAAGUCCACAUAUUCCAAAAUGUAUCAUACUACUUCACAUUUCAAAUAACCAUGAUGAAGAUAUAGAAACAGAUGUACAGAAAUUGUUUGUGAAAAUUCAAUCCACAUUUUUAAGCUUCAAAUGUCAUUUGCUUAUUAUUAAAGCACAUCAAUUUUUUAACAAUUGUGACGUAAAACAAAAAUGUGACGAUUCUAAUAAUCAUCAGAAGAAGCGACAGUCUAACGGGGUGAAUAAUCCAGAAGGUGAUGAAAAAAAAUGGCAGGAUAAACGAAUGAAUGAUUCUGUUAGCACCCCUAUGGAAUUGUACCAUUCAGAUGAUGAAAAGACAAGCAAAGAAAAUGAUUCACAAGAUAAAACAGAGGAAAAGGGAAAAAAAAAUUUGUUUCAAUCAAACAUUCAUACAUUUGAAGAAGACGAAAAGAAUUCAACUAAUAAUUCAUCUUAUAAACAAGUGCAUUGUAAAGAAGGCUUACUGAGCGAUGAACAGUUAUUAUCAUAUACAGAAAUUAAUUGCAUGAAGGAAAAUAAAAAAAAAUACGCUACACAAAGGAAUAACUACUACAGUUUGAAACUGAACAGCAUACAGAAACUGUAUGCUAAUAAUCUUAGUAUCCAUUUUAGUGACCUUUCCAGAGAUAGUAUAAAAACAGCCACAAGCAUAAAUGACAUUGAAGAAACAAAAAGAAUAAAAAAUAAUUUAUCAAGAGAAAUGAAUUUAAUUUAUGAAUACAUUAUGUCAGACGAGAUAAUUUAUAUUAGUAAAAAAGAUCCAUUAUAUAUUGAUGAAACCUAUUUUUGUUGUUGUUUAGAUUAUGUAGAUAUUAUAUCGCUCAAAAUGUUCAUCCACAAUUUUGUUAGAACGUGUGUUAUUCCUUACAUUACUACUAUUACCCAUGAUAUUAACAAUUUAAUUUUGAACAAUAAAAAAAGCUUAAGGAAUCAAUUAAAAUUUAUGUGGAAAAAAACAAAAUUAAAUUUUACCUCCUCAGAUGCAGCUUUUUUUGUUACUGAACAUACAAGCAAUGUUUUUCUUAAUGUUGCACAAAAUAUUUUAGCACCAAACAAUGACUCAUCAAGUAUGAACAGUAUUCUUACUAAUAAAGACAUUCAACAAGAAGAAAAAGCUUCCUCUUGGGUGAAUCAUAGAACAGAAAUGCUUCCAAAUGAAUCUGGUGAGAGUUUGAAUGUGCAAAGAAAUGCAAGUAACGACUCAACUCGUAUGGCCAGAACGGGCAUAGGUGACGCUACAGAUUCAGAAACCCUCUCUAAGGUCAACGCUGCUAAUGGAGCCAAUCUGACCAUCACAACCGGUGUGAAUAAUCCAUUCCUUCCUAUUGAUAUGAAGAACUACAGCAAGGAACCACUAGAACGCUUGUACAAAACCCUUAGUGAUGUUUACUUCAUCCUUGGAGAGUAUGAGCUGUCAUAUAACAUUUUAAAAAUAUGCAUUAAUGAAUUUAAGCAUGAAAAGAUAUAUUUCUAUUUAGGGAAUAUAUAUGAACUUAUAAGUCUUUGCAUUUUCAAUAUGGAUACUCAAGUGAACAAAAAAGAUUCCUUAUAUUAUCUAGAUCUAAGUUAUCAAAUGUAUUCAAAAUGCCAGUACUUGAAUUAUAUGUUUAUUUGUUCAAUUCUCAACUACUAUUUGUCUCUUCUAUAUGAAGAACAAAAUGAGGCAUCUGUCAAUAUAUUAAUAAAUGCAAAUAUGGACUUUACUUACAUGGAAGAAAAACACAUUGGGGAAAACAGACCCAUAGAAGAUAACAACGUACCCAAUAAAUUAUCAUUCCAAAUUAACAACUUAAGAUCAGCACUCCUAUUAGAACAGAUAACUUAUAGUUAUAAAAAAAAAAAAAAAAAAAAAAAAAAAAAUGAUUCUCCACUCCCCAUGUUUGACAAUAUCAUGGUAGGAAAUACUUCCGUCACAAAUUCUUUUCAUCAAAAUGAAAAUGUAAUUUUCAAAAAUUCUAAACAGGAGGGUACUACGACGAAAACAUCCAAAAAUUAUAAUAAUGAAUUUAACAAAGCAAUGAUGGAAGAAAAUCACCUGAACAGGCAAGAUGAACAUGUACUUCCACAUUUAUCUAGCAUUAAUAAAAGUCCUUGUCAAAAUGUACAAAUGGGGAAUGAUAUGCAUGUUGGAUAUUCUUCCCUAAGUAGGAUCACCACUUCAAAGGAUAAGCAAUCUUCUCCUUCACCAUCUCUUGAAGAAACGAACAUAUAUAACCAUGACAAUGGGAUGCCUAUCCAUAUGAACACAAACCAGGAGGAUCAACAUGGCAACUUCAACCAACAAGUAGACAAGAAUAAAACAUUUGGAAUAUCCAAACAAGAAGAAGAGAAAUACAAACACAUAACUAGAAGUAACCACAUCACAUAUAACGAUUUCACACAAGACGAACUAGAGGAUCAAAAUAUGCUAAAAAAGAAUGACUAUAAAUGCAGAAAAUAUUUGUUCGAAAUGACAUUAGCGGGACACACAUUCAACAAAUGUGGUUUCAAGAGGUUAGCUUUAUUUUGCUAUUCAAAAGUGUUAAGAAAAUAUGAAAAAAUAAAAAUGAAGCAUAUUUAUGAGCAUCUCCACUUUAUGAUGGCUCGUCAAGCUUUUAGUAUUAAUUUAUAUUAUGAAGCACUCAAUCAUUACAUUUGUAUUUUAAAUUCAAUCUCAAAAAAUUAUGAACAGUCAUACGUUCUGAAUAAAAAUGUUGAUAUCUAUUGCGCCUCUCCCGACAAGGAAAUAAAUUUCAUUAGGGAGUUUGCCUAUGUGUAUAAAAUUUAUGUCGACAAGGUUUUAAACAAAUUCUUCAAAAGUGUGCAAAGGUCUGUUGGAAAAGGCGAAAAAGAAGAUAUUGUGUCAGCACAAAAAGGAGCCGUUUCUGCAGAAGGUAAGGAAAAUAUUGGUGAAGACCAAGCCUGCCAUAAUAAGGAACAGACAUGCAUAAAUAAUAAAACGAGCGGGGAAAGAAAUAACGAGAAGGAAAGACCAAACAAGAUGAAUGAAAAAAUAAAUCGAAUGUUAUAUUUCAAUGAGGACAACAAAGAGAAUAUCAUAAAACCUCUUAGCCUAAGAAUUCCUAUGGUUCACAUAAGAAAUGAUGAAGGACAUUUUAUGAACUCUGUUUAUGUGUGUAAAACGAAUAUAUAUACAUAUGAAAACAGAGUUGAAACUAAUUAUUUUAACAUUUUAAAUGAUAGUUUGUUUAAAAUCUCCAAAUAUGACACAACCAUACACGACUUAUACACCAUUAUGACGAAGGAUUUCAAAAAUUUAUCUCAAACCAAUCUUCACGAGUUGAAUUAUAUCUAUGUUGCAUGCAAGAAAUUCAUAAAUUGUAUGUGUAACGAUUGCUUUUUUUACCAUUCAGUAGAUUUGCCUCAUUUUCAAGAGGCGCUCGAUGUUCUCAAUAGUGAAGACACCGAGGGGGCGCAGGCCGACACGUCGAUUCUUGCUCAGGUUGAUAAAUCUGCAGAGGUUGCUAAAUCUGCAGAGGCUGCUAAAUAUGCAGAGGCUGCUAAAUAUGCAGAGGCUGCUAAAUAUGCUGAGGUUGCUAAAUAUGCUGAGGCCACGAUUGAGGCAGAUGCAGGGGGAGAUGUUAAAAGGCUAGAGAACGGAAAGCCCACGUUUCUCCAACUAGACUCUCCCAUAAAAUCUAUCAGCACGUCACCAUUCGUAAACCCGAGUAGCAAGAGAUGCUUUCUCGCGUAUGUUCAAGAAUUCAAAAAAAAAUUCACCAGUUGUCUUACAUUCAUCAACAACACACAAGUUAAGAACAUUUAUCAAAAGCACACGGCAGAGGAAGAAACAAAUAUAAAUACCAAAUUCAUUCAGUAUGCUUCCAAAGGAGAAUAUAUAUUUAUCACAUUUAAAUUAGUCAAUCCCAUUCAUACGAAGGUUGAAUGUCAGGGAACACACAUAUGUGCAUACUAUCUUAAUGAAGACAUGAAUAAUCAUAUUGAGGUCGAAAAAAGGAUUAUUAUUUUGGAGUCUAGGGAGACCAAAAUAUUCACUCUGUUCAUUCGUCCUUAUAAAAAAGGCUUGUUAUUCAUAGCAGGAAUCACGUGGCACCUCUUCGGACUAGUAAAGGUUUACCAGAACUUCUUCACACAUGGAAUGAAAAAGCUGAGCAAAAAGUUCGACAGGAUACACACCAUCAAAUAUGAUGACAUAUACAACUGUGAUGACCAAAUGGGUAAAAAAGAAAAUAUGAAAAAAUUAAACAAAGAAAUGAAUUCAUAUACAUGGUCUAGCAAUAUAGGAGUACCAGAGGAGAAAAUUUUUGAAAGAAUCAAAGAUUAUGAUGUAGACAACAGAUUAGUAUUGUAUGUUUAUGAUAACACAUAUUUACUUUCCUUCGAAUUUGAAAAUAUCAAAUCAGGAGGAGUAAAAAGUGUAAGUAAUUAUGAAAUAGAUUUUAUUGAAUUAUUAGAAGGUGAACAAUUCGAAAUGAUCCUAAAAAUAGUUAAUCACUCAUCCAUCCCACUUAAUUAUUUGAGUCUAUGUAUAACUCCUACCGCUUUUUUUAAUUGCUAUAAGUUAGUGCAUAAUGAGGAAGAAUACAUAUUACACGAAUCACCAAAUGAAUAUGUUAAGACCAGUUCUCAUGAGAGAAAUGUUAACUACCUUUGUGGCGAUUUUUUUAAUGAUAGAAAUAAACAAGCAGGAGCUAAAGAAGAAGGAGCAGGAGAAGGAGGGAAGCAUCCACCAAAUGAAUGCAAAUCGCAAAAAAAAAAAUUCAGCAUAGUUAGUGAUCUUUACAAUGAGGAAUCAUUAGGUAAAGAAACCAAUGUGUUUAAACAAAAGUUUAAGUACAAACAAAUUCAGCAUAUAAAAAUCAGUGGAGAUAUUUACAAAAAUGAUACUUUUUACCUGAACAUUAAGGUAAACUCCAAUUGCACAGGUUUGCAUAAAUGUCUUAUAACAGCUUUGUGUAAACACAAAGAUGAUUCAAUAAAAUCAAACGGGGAAAAGCAAAAAAAAAAAGAAAAUUGUGUCAAAUAUCCUGAAAUGUUUACAGAAAAAAAGGAAAAAUGCUUUUUAUUUCUAAGGUUAAUGCACGUCAUCCCUUUGAUUAAGCUAAGAACAUAUCCCCUCAGUACCUACAAUGGUACAGACACAUUCAUGUAUUUUUUCUUUAAAAACAUGUGUAGGAAUGAUAUUUAUUUGCGUAAUAUACUUCUUGAGCAUAAUAAAAAAAAGUGGCCUCAGAUUUUGCAAAAUGAAAAAUGUCACAAAAGAAAAAGAGGAGAAAUACCAUCCAAUCCGUGUUUCGUUAAAUUGUAUAAUGUAUACUCAUCCGAUUGUAUAUAUCUAAGGAAAAAUGAAAAGUUGACUUCACUUCUCUACGCAAAGAGGGAGGUAUGGCAAAAGGAUUCCCUGAUUUCACCUAAAAACUUUUCAAACAUCUGUGUUCAUAUGAAUUGGGAGGUAAAGGGAGAACUACAAACCCGAAAGGGAUACAUAAAAAAACAAGUCAAUAUCUUGAACGACAUAAUAGUCCUAUCAGUUGACGAAAUCAGCAAGGACAUUUAUUUGAAUAACGAAAAGGAAAAAUAUUUAAAAAUUGGAAUCAACAUUCAGAACAAUUCAGACGAGGAUCUUAAAAAUUUUUAUGUACAAGUCAAAGAAAUGGAUGCUAUGAAUUCCUCAUUCUCUAUUGAUUAUAACAUAAAUGAGGUUCAACAGAAUGGCUUCAAAGUUACUGAGUUCGACAAGGAUAAAAGAGAAGAAGAUGCAAUUUUUCAUGUUGAAAAAGUGCUUGAACAGGGAGAAUUUUUACAGAAGAAUUAUAUUCCAACAGGGGAAGACAAACAUCAUGUGAUAAGAAACGCAGAAAUGAAUGCUUAUCCUGGAUACGAUAUGGAAAUAUCAAAUAAUACCAAAAAUCCGUUAGAUACUGAUCAAACGGUUCAGAUGUUGACACACGACAACUUCAUAUGUGAUGGGGAUUGCUCGAAAUGUGGAAAAUUCUGCAAAUGUGGAAAGACUGCAGAAGAAAAGGAGAUGAUAAUGAAUAUCUCACAUUUUUCUUACCUGUCCGAGCUUAACGAUGAAAUUAAUAUUUCGCAAAAUAAUCUGACACAGAAGAUUAAUUUAUCUCAUUAUAAUCCUAUAAGUGCAAGUUAUCAGUGUGAUAAAAAUUUCCAAGUAACCAUGUCAAAGAAUUUAUUUGAUUAUCCCAAUCAUAUCCCUGAUGAUAUCCAAAAAGCGGGCGAAAGAGUAGACGAAAAGAUGAACGAUGUGAAAGAAAAUUUGGAAUCAUUUAGUUCGAUGGAAAAAGUAAUUCUUCCUAUUAACAAAGAGACAAAAAAGUUUCAUCAAAUUGUUAGGGAUAACACUUAUGUCCACUACAACAACAGCAGUGAUUCCAACAUAUGUACUCCUCUAAAUAACUUUCUAUCUGCAAGUAGUAAAAAAAGCAAAGCUACGGAAGGGGCCGUUUUGUUAAGCGGUUUUCUCUACAUGGGAAUUGUUCAAAAAUAUGUAAAAAAAUUAAAAAAACGUAAAAGCAUAAAAUUAUAUUUUAAUAUUCUCUUUACGAGGGAGGGAAUUUACAACAUAAAUAAAUUCCACAUCAUUUUCGAAAUGCAUAAUCAAAUGUUCAUAGUAAAACCACUUAACCAGUUAAUCGUGCAGGUUCAUCCAUGA